AUGGAACCAGUAGAAGAACUGUGUGCAUCUGUGCUCUCCAGUUCUACAGAAAGAGAAUUUAUAGGAAACUAUGAGAUCCCAAGUGAGUACGAGGAAGAAAUUCCUCCUGGAGAUGAUGCAGAGAAGGUGCAGCAAGAUGAGCUUCUACUGAGACAAAAUGAAGAAAAUGCUCCCCAGAGUCAUGGAGGAGCCAUUGAAGAUGAGCAGAUGCAAGACAAUUGUCCUGAUCAGCAGCAUAAUGAAUCUGCAGAUCGAGGUGGUAGCCUGGGACUCCUCCAAGACAUCGUGUCUCCACCUGGGAUUCCCUUGGGAGUAGAACCUUUCCGUUACACCGAAGGUGGGGAGAGCGUCCAAUAUAAUUCAAGCCUUAAUGUCCAACCUGAGAUCUCUCCAGUGGGAGAGAAGCCGCAUAAGUGCACUGAAUGUAGCAAGAGCUUCAGCUGGCGCUCUGACCUUAUUAAACACCAGAGAAUUCACACGGGGGAGAAGCCCUACAUAUGCAGUGAAUGUGGGGAGAACUUCACGGUGAGCUCUCACCUUUUUACACAUAGGAGAAUCCAUACCGGAGAGAAGCCUUUCCUUUGUCCCGAGUGCGGGAAAUGCUUCAGUCGGAACUCGCACCUUGUGAACCACCAAAGAACCCACACGGGAGAGAAACCCUUUGAAUGCAGCGAGUGCGGGAAGAGCUUCAGCGAUUUCUCAACCCUGACUCAGCACCAGAGGACGCACACAGGCGAAAAGCCCUAUAUAUGUGUUGAAUGUGGGAAAGGCUUUAUACAGAGUUCGCAUCUCGCAAGGCACCGGAGAACCCACAUGGGAGAGAAACCCUACAAGUGUGCCGAGUGCGGCAAAGGCUUCCGAUACAAGACGCACCUCGUACAACACCACAGACUUCACAUAGGAUAGGGAAGCAUGGGGAGGACGGCUGCCUUGCCUAUAAAAGCUAAUGAAUGUUCUAAGUUUCAUGGGGAAAUGAAAUAAAGAAGGAACCUUAAGAAACGUAGCGUUUUUAACUGUAGUGAACAGAGGCCAGAGCUGUACUUUAAGUAGGAAACAUGUUUGCUGUGUGUAAACCAUUGCUUGCCAAGUCGGUGUUUAAACUAUGGGUGGCAUGUGUGUCUGGAAAGCCUGGCCAGAUUUAUGUGGAAGGACUUGUGUGGCCCUGGGGCAACAGACAGCAGGGUGGAGCUUUCUCAAGGAACAGGGAGGGAGGCUGGAUCUUGCAAGUCAGGGAAUUUGGGGAAGUGGGUGAGUAUAGUUGAUGGAUUGAUGAGUU